UUAAAAAAAAAAAUGUGUUUUAUGAUUUUUAAUUGAGUGAUUUUUGUGUAUUUUAAAAUUGAUUUUAUUUAAUAAGAAAUGUUAGAUUUAAUUAUUAAGUGAUUUAAUUGAUCCAUAUGUGACUUGAAUGAUAUUUUUACAACAAGAUAAUGGCACCAAACUUACUUGGUAGCACAGCAAUAUUUCUUGCUGAAGCGACCACAACUGGACAAGAAGAUUCCACAACAACAACAUUACGAAAGACAGCCACAACCACAUUACCACAAAUUUCUACAGAUUCGACUACAACUACAUCAUAUUCUAAACCGUCUACAAGCAGUAGUAGCAACAAUACCAGUACACCAGUAGUGCAAAGAAAAUACCGGCCAGAUUAUGAAUGGAAAAUUGUUUGGCGAAAUGUUAUUGCAUUUUUAUAUUUACAUAUUUCCUCACUUUAUGGCUUAUAUUUAAUGUUUACAGUGGCAAGAGGUUACACAAAUUUAUGGGCUAUAUUCUACGCAUAUUUAGCCGGAAUGGGUAUUACAGCGGGAGCACAUCGAUUAUGGGCACAUCGUGCCUACAAAGCCAAAUGGCCAUUACGUUUAAUUUUGUGCAUGCUACAAACGAUGGCAUUCCAAAACCACAUAUAUGAGUGGGUACGAGAUCAUCGUGUUCAUCAUAAAUUUACGGAUACAGAUGCCGAUCCACAUAAUGCGAAUCGUGGAUUUUUCUUCUCCCAUAUUGGUUGGCUGAUGGUGAAAAAGCAUAAAGAUGUUGUAACCAAAGGCAAAACAGUUGAUAUGAGUGAUUUAGAAAAUGAUCCAAUUAUUAUUUGGCAAAAACGGACAUAUUUGGUAAUUAUGCCACUUUUAUGUUUCUUCUUUCCUGCUUGGGUGCCAUAUUAUUUCUGGAAUGAGGAUCCAUAUGUUGCAUGGUAUGUGGCAGCAAUUACCCGAUACACAUUAUCGUUAAAUGGAACAUGGCUGGUAAAUAGUGCUGCACAUAUUUGGGGAACAAAACCCUUCGAUAAAUCAAUAAGUCCCACUGAUAAUGUCAAAGUUGCCGUAUUUGCCUUCGGUGAAGGAUGGCACAAUUACCAUCACGUCUUCCCAUGGGACUACAAAGCGGCUGAAUUAGGUAAUUAUCGUACAAAUUUCACAACAGCAUUUAUUGAUAUGUUUGCAAAAAUUGGUUGGGCUUACGAUUUAAAAACGGUUCCCGUAUCGAUGGUAUUGAAACGUUUAAAUCGUACGGGUGAUGGAACACACAUUAAUCAUGGCAAACAAAUCGAAAAUUCGGAAACUAAAAUUGAAAGCGAAGCGAUUAAAGAAAAUAAUAAUAAUAAUAAUAACCUCGAAGCUAAAGUUCAACAUUAUUUGAAUCAUAAUCACCAUUUAGAACAUCAAAUUUGGGGUUGGGGUGAUAAAGAUAUGGAAGAUGCUGAUAUUAAAGAUGCUGAAAUUAUUAAUCCUUCAACAGAACUGGUACAUUAAAAUAGUAUAAAAAUUAAAGCAA